AAGUUAUCGGUUUAUUUCUCUUCCACUCGACAUCGACAACGACAACGACUCCACACUUUCUCUUAUCCAUGGAAGGCAAGAUUUUCAAUGGAGGUGCUGUGGGUAUUCUCGAAGAACUGAUAGAAAGUGCAGAGGAAGAAGUGCUUUUGGCUUCUUGCCGCUUGAUUAAGCUAUAUCCUGAGUUAGAGCACUGUGUCGGCGUACAAACAAUCAUGGGCUGCCUUCCUUUUGAGAAGUUUGUUGAAGCUUGCAAAGACCCUCAAGACGAAACCAACGAGAUGAGAGCCAAGACGCUUCACAAGUUUUGGAACAGACAGACUGCUUCUUCAUCUACAGGGUUUCCACACGAUGUGCAGCAGCUUUUGAUCGUGAAAUCAAACUAUGGUGAUCAUCUCUACGAAACCAUCCUUAAAGGUUUCCGCGAGGCUAGAGUUGCUUUGAAGAUAGGGUACUAUGUAAAACCUUGGAACUCGGAGGCAAGCAGAGAAGCAAGUCUACAAGAAAUUGUGGAUAAAGUUCGAACCAUCGCUCAUCGGAGGAAGAGAAAUGUUAUUCGCCGGGAUGAUUGAAUCGGUUCUUGAAUCUUGGCUUUCGUGUAGGGUUUUCUCCGUUUUUUUGUGUGUUAGGGCCUUUGUUGGUCCUUCUGUUUAUCUUGGCCUGAUUUGAUCAAUGACAUUAGGUUUUAUCAGAUUUGAAUAUAUUUCUUGGAUUA